AUGGCUCCAGAAUCAUCGCCUGCAAAGAUUGAAAAAGCAUCAGGGAGGCUCACCGCCGACGAAGACGGCUACACCCGGCUGCACAUCACCCCGUUGGACCAGGAGCUCGUGAAGAUCGUCAUCCCGGCUGCUGUGCUCCCUAGCGCUCGCAACAUCUCCUUCCACUCGAUUGACACAUUCCCCGAGAAGCGAUACGGAUACGUCGACCUGCCUCUCAUGGAGGCUGAAAAGUUGAAAAAGAAGCUCAAUGGCACUACGUUGAAGGGCUUGAAGAUGCGCAUUGAGAAGGCUCGACAGGAGGAGAGAAUCGAGCCCACGGGCCACGAGGAUGCCGAGAAGAAAAGCAAGAAGAGAAAGUCAAAAGAUGAACCUGAGAGUUCGAGGAAGAGGAAGCGCGAUCACAAUGUGGUAGAAGGAGUUACCCUCAAGGAUCGAAAAGUGAAGCGUGGAUGGACAGAAUCCGCAGACACAAAGCGGAAAAACAAGAUGAGCAAGGAUAAAUCUACCAAGGACAAGGAAAAGGACAAGAGGAAACAAAUAAAGUCGAAAUACACGGAGCAAGACGAGUGCCUCCUCAAGACAAAGCUGCCGCCUAAUGCUGUCGGUAACUUGCCCGCGGCUGAUGCGUACAAGAAGAAAAAGAAGAAGGGCAAUGCGCGAGAAAUUACAGUCCACGAGUUUGAAAAGACGACCAAAUUUCCAAGUUUUUUGAAAAACUCGGUACCGGAAACGAAUGGCAAGCCGGCAGUUGAGUUUCUUCAGGGCAAAGGCUGGGUCGAUGAGGAUGGCAACGUUAUCGAGGUUGUGAAGCAGAAAGAGCUGCCAGCAGCCACGCCAAAGCGAAAGGAGGCUGCAAAGGCGAAGGUUGUCAUACAGGAGGAGUCAGACGACGACACCAGCAGUAGUGGGACAUCAUCAGAAGAAGAUGACGACACCUCUGAUUCAGAUGUAUCUGAAAACGCAGACACCAAGGAGGCCGAUAUCAAACAGGAUAAUGACGACAAUACCUCGGAGGAAGAAGACACCAGCGGCGAUGACUCUGCCGACGAAGAGCAAGCACCAAGCUCCCCCAGCAAAGCCGACGACUCAAGACCACUCUCCUCCAGCUCCUCCAAAAGCCUGACAAUCAAGAUCCCACCACCCACCACCCCUUCAGCAACCAAGGUCCAUCCCCUAGAAGCGCUCUACAAACGUGUCCAACCCGCCGAGACCACCACCCAAACGCUAGCUCAGGAGCCCCAACCGUUCAGCUUCUUCGGAGGUGAUGCCGAAAACGACGACAUCGAGGACGAACCCGCUGGCGCCCCCAUGCCCAUGACCCCAUUCACGCGACAAGACUUUGAAUGGCGCAACGUCCGAAGCGCUGCGCCGACCCCCGACACCGCUCACCCAAGUCGCAUGAAGAAUUUUUGGGCCCCUCAGGAUGAUGAUGCGGAUAUGGACGACGUAGCUGAAGAAGAGGAAGACGAUGAGGAUGAAGGCACUCCUGCCCAGGCGCAAGCUGGAUCGAGUGAUUUCCAGACGUGGUUCUGGGAGAACCGACGGGACUUGAAUAAGUCGUGGAUGACUAGGCGGAAGAGCGCUGCCAAGGAGAAGAGGCAUAGGGAGAACAAGGCGAGGGCAUCGAAGGCGAUUUAG